AUGGAUAUGGACUUCUGGGCUGCUAGAGUUCAGUCUUCAAAACAUCAUCUUUCUGCAGUUUCAGCUGGUGGGCUCAAUAAUUCUGAUGCUCGUUUGACCAUAGAUGAUGCAGGAGAAGAUGAAAUAAGAGCAUGGUUUCCCUGCCCUUUCUGUUAUGUGGAAAUUGAAGUCCCAGUUUUGUGUAGCCAUUUGCAAGAAGAGCAUUGUUUUGACUUGAAAAAUGCUGUAUGCCCAAUAUGUGCAGCAACUCUAGGAAAAGAUCCAAUUGGGCAUUUCACUAUGCAGCAUGCUCAUUCAGUAAAGAGGAAGAGGAAAACUCAAAGAUCAGGCAUGUGGACAAAUGUAUCAUCAACUGUUAGCAAGGAUUUCCGAGAGUUAACUUCAUUGAUUGGCUCAAACACACUGAACUACAAAUCUGACAAACAAGAACCUGCUUCUGAUCCACUCCUUUCACCAUUUCUUUGUUCGUCACCUUUUUCGAACUCCAAAGACUCCAAACAGGAUGUAUCUUCUGGUUAUUCUGACUCAACAAUUAACACUGAAAGGUGGAAGGACGAGACUUGCUUACAGUUGCAUACUCCUAAGAAAAGGAGUCACCGACUUGUCUAACAAAAGGAUACUUUGUAGCUCGUUAGUGGCUUUUGCCUAAUACAUAACCCACAAACUAAACGUAGAAUUGUACAUACAUUUAUAAACAUUAUAGAAAUAAUGAUGCUAUUGCGAGCAUGUAUCUAUAUGCAUAUCAUGCCCAAGAAUAGAGCACAACAGAAAUGGUUUUGGAUAGCUUGUGGAACAUCAAAACCAAUUUCUGAUUAUGUUCCAUGAUUUAAAAUAUUGGUUUUGUCUACUUCAUUUCUAUUUGUGCUUCCCCUUUAUUUAUCGUCUUCUUCAUCCUCGAUAUUUUAUUUCUUUAAUUGGAUUGAGUUCCAUGUUAAGUUUUUCUUACUUCUUUUGUUUCGAAGUAGUCAUGAGCAGGGGAUAAGCACAAUAGUAAGCUACCCCUGAUUUGUGUAAUAACCAGAGCUAAACUGUCUUAAUUGCUGGUGCUUACUGUAAGAUCCCCCCGCCCCUCUCCUUCUGGCUUAAGUAGAGAACAUUGUUGUCUUCUUAUAACUAGUUUCUUAGAUGCUUUUAUUGCUAUUAACCCAACUAUUACUUAAGGAUGAUGAAGUCCUAAAACCCCAUUUACCAUUCAGGAAUGAGUUUCCUGCAUUCCUGAUUUCUAUAUGACUCCCUAAGUUACUGCUGAAGAAAUGUUUAAAGACCCUAAGAACUUUUUGGCUUAUUAGCCGCUGGAGAUAAAUUAAUCAUCUAUCAGUUAAAAAUGUCAUUUUGGAACCUAGAAAAUGUAAUGACACACUUCUAAAAUCUGUAGGUCUGACAGAUAAUAUCAUUGAAGGAGUCCAAAGGAUUCAUAAGAAUUUCUUCUAAUGAGUCCCCAUAUAUUAUUCUGGGGUCAUGAUUACAAAUUCCAACUUUUGUCUUUGGUACUUUUUCAUUGCAAAAGUUUAAUUCAUCAGAAACUUACACAUCUUCAGUGAUAGUAAAACAGUUUGUCACAAAAUGGAGUGCUAAUAUCAUUAGUCUUUUGUUAAGUACUGAGAAUAAUAUCCAUAAAGUCCUUGUAUAUAAGUGCAUUUAUAUUGAGGACAUGUUUUGAGAGUCCUUCUGGACAUGUUUAAAAGUGAAAAUAUAGUAGUGACUGAUACCUAUCUGCACAUGGUGUGUGUUUUUUUUUUUUUUUUUGAAACUCUACCAAAGAGCAGGACAUACAAAAGUGUUUGAAGAAGAAGCUGUCCUUUUUUUCAAAUAAUUCACUGCAACCAAGCCUUUUCUCCUCCAGUGUUCCUGUUUUGCUAAGCUGUUCAUUCUCCCUUUGGGUGUUAGACUGGCAUAUUCUCUUAUACAAGUACUCUCUUUUUUGUUCCAUCUAGUUGUUGGCUAUAAAUUGAAUGUUUUAGGAAACACAAGUGGCAGUUGUAAUAUCUUUAAUAUAUUUAAGAGUGCAUCAGUGGGAGUGCUUUCACCUCCUAAAAGAACCUUCCAAUAUUAGGUAGUGGUGAUGCGCUCUGUCGUUGAAGUGGAAGAAGUUGGAAUGUUUAGUGCAUACUUGCUGCCAUUGGUUAUUCAGUUUGAAUGAGUGUAUAAUCAUUUUGCAGGAAGGCAUCUUCAGAUGCUGUUGAAGAACAAGAUUAUGAAGAGAGGAUGAAGCAAGCUACCUUUUUUCAAGAACUGAUCAUGUCGACCAUUUUCUAGGCUUUCGUCAUCCUCCAAUCCCUAAAAAGUAAAUGCAACUUGACAACAGUUUGCCCCUUAACAGGCAUAUGAUUUCCACUUGUGCAAAAUCAUGCCUUAGUGCAGACGGUGGUGCCGAAUCAUGCACUGUCUCUGAUUGAACUAGGUUCCUUGGAAUAUUUGCUCAUAGUAGUUAAGAUUACAUGAGUGAUAUGAUAGAAGUUACACGUUGUGCCGUGCUUGUAAUGCGUGGACAUGCAAAUUGCAAUCAUAUAGUAUAGUUAUAUUUCCGUUACCGAAGAGUCUUUGUUGUUUUUGUGGUGGAUUUCAUGGUAUUUGCAUGGCGUCUCACGAAAUUAUUCGCCAAUUCCAUUGGAUAUUCUACUGUUCUACCUAGAGAAGCGUUUUCUGAACAGAAGAGUACCUGAAGAAGAUGAUCUCAUCAGUUUCUUUCUGCUAUACUAGUUGAACUAUGCCAAGUACACUUAAGAUGAAAAGUUUAACACCCAUAGGUUUGGCUAAAAG